UUCAGCUGCUUCUUGUUACUAUGGUGACCGCUUCACCCGCUGAAUAAACGUCACUCUUGCGCGUCGGAAGACAACCGCAUAAAGAAGGUGGAACGUGAAAAUGGCGGCAGCAAAAAAGAGUGUUCUUUCUUCAUUAGCUGUUUAUGCUGAGGAUUCUGAGCCAGAAUCGGAUAGUGAAGCCGGCGGGGUAGGCAGCGAGCGAGGAACAGGCCCAGAAGAGAAAGGAGGCCUGGUGUCAGAAGGUUAUGGAGAGGAUGAUUUCAGUAAGAUGGAUGGAGAGGAAGAUGGUUAUGAUGAAGAUGAUGAUGAAAACAGUAAACAGUCGGAAGAUGACGAUUCAGAGACUGAAAAACCUGAGACUGAUGACUUAAAGGAUUUUUCAGAAGUGGAGAAGAAAGAUCCUCAGGAGCUAGUUGGUGAGUAUAAAUGAAAUUAUAGCAUGUCUGAUCCUGAAGAAGUGAGCAUUCCCCCUGGCCCCCAGGGGAGGUGUAGCAGCUACUGCCAAGACAAAAUUCAAAAACUGUAUGAGAGGAAGAUAAAAGAAGGCAUGGACAUGAACUAUAUCAUCCAAAGGAAAAAAGAGUUUCGCAAUCCUAGUAUCUAUGAGAAACUGAUCCAAUUUUGUGCAAUUGAUGAACUUGGCACAAAUUAUCCCAAGGAUAUGUUUGAUCCUCAUGGGUGGUCUGAGGAUUCCUAUUACGAGGCACUAGCAAAAGCACAGAAAAUUGAAAUGGACAAGUUGGAAAAAGCCAAGAAGGAGCGAACAAAGAUAGAGUUCGUGACUGGUACUAAGAAGGGGACGACAAAUGUUCCAUCUACUACAACAACAACAGCCAGCACUGUUGUGGGAGAUGCCCAGAAGAGGAAAAGCAAGUGGGAUUCUGCCAUUCCUGUGACGACAAUAGCUCAGCCCACCAUUCUUACUACCACUGCAACACUGCCAGCUGUCGUCACAGUGACCACAAGUGCAAGCGGCUCCAAAACAACAGUGAUCUCUGCAGUUGGCACCAUUGUGAAAAAGGCAAAGCAGUGACAAGUGCAGUGCAAAACUUCCUGAAGUCAUGCUCAGACUGAAUAAUGCCAAAAGCACCACCUUUGGAUGCAAAGGAAGGAUACUUCUCCUGCAGCAAAAAGACUAUUUUAAAUGGACAUGUCAUUCUUGAACAAGAAGGGAGUAAUAGUUGUCUUUGCAGUUGUACAUAUUUGUUCGUGAGGCUCGUCAUCUUUGUUGAUAGAGAACCUCUGCACUGUAUUGCAUGAAAUGGAAUGUUAGCAUGUAAAUAUGAGCUUAAUAAGUUACUUUAACAGGAUCCUUAAAUUCUAUGAAAUUAGAGCUGGAAAGAGAAACAUGGGUAUCAGCUAUACUGAAAUCAAUCAGUUGCAUCCCAUACCAUUGAUGAGUGAGUUAAUUUCAACUACCUGAAUAUCUUGAGCUCUCUGCCCCCAGGAAAUUAUAGACAAGAAUGACUUCCUUGAGCACAACCAUUAGUAAUAUAAUUCAGAGAUUUGUUUUCAUGCAGAUUAUUAUAGAGAUUUACACAUGUCCCUGUGUAAACUCAUUUUGUUCUGCUUUCAGCGAUCAGGCAGUUUGAAAGCUUUGAAGUUUGAGACAUCAGACAGUGAAAAUCAACACUGAAGACUGUGUCUAGUUUUUGGGAAUCAUUGUGCAGAUUCUAGCUAUGCUGGUGGGAGGGUGCUUGUGAAAGAAGGAAGCAGCAAAGAGCAUUUCCAUACUGAGUACCAUGUUAUGAGGGGACUCUGUGCACUUUCGAUGUCGGUAAGCAUGGUAGCAACCAUUGGUUACAGUUAUUAUAAAAACAG